AACACACAAUGCUCUAAUAUGUCAUUUCCCUAAAUGAAACUGAAACCUCGAUCCAGCAGAACAGCAGCAAGGUCAAAAACUCUUCGUCCCCAACUCCGAUCAUUCUAAACUCUUCCCCUCAGAGGAGUCUCGCUCAGACACUGCUAUGGCUGCUGCCACCUGCCUGCCAGCUGAAGAUCAGCUGCUGUGCUCCAUCUGUCUGGAUGUGUUCACUGAUCCAGUGACUUUAUCCUGUGGACACAACUUCUGCAACACCUGCAUCACUGCACACUGGGAUACUAACGUCCCCCAUCACUGUCCUGUCUGUAAUCGGCUUUUCCACUUCAGACCUGAGCUGCAUGUUAACACUCUGAUCUCUGAGAUGGCUGCUCAGAUCCGACAUGGAGCUCAUCAGGAAAGCAGGAGCUCAGAGCAACACGCUGCCAAACCAGGAGACGUUCCCUGUGACGUCUGCACUGGACCUGAACUAAAGGCCCUGAAGUCCUGCCUGGUGUGUCUGACCUCCUACUGUGAGACUCACCUGGAGCCUCAUCUGACAAAGUCAGGACUGAAGAGACAUCAGCUGAUCGACCCUGUGAAGAACCUGGAGGACAGGAUGUGUAAGAAGCACGACAAACUGCUGGAGCUGUUCUGUAAGAGCGACCACAUGUGUGUCUGUAUGAUGUGUGCUAUGUUAGACCACAAGACACACGAUGUUGUUGCUAUGAAGGACGAAUGUGAAGGAAAGAAGUCAGAGCUGGUCAAGACUGAAGCUGAAAUCCAGCAGAUGAUCGAGAAGAGACGAGUGAAGAUUGAGGAGAUCCGACGCUCAGUGGAGCUCAGCAACAAAGCUGCAGACAGAGAGAUGGAAGAAGGUGUUCAGGUCUUCACUGCUCUGAAGGAGACUGUGGAGAGAAGCCAGGCUGAGCUCAUCAAGACCAUCACAGAGAAGCAGAGGACAACAGAGAAACAGGCUGAAGGCUUCAUCACAGAGCUGCAGCAGGAAAUAUGUGAUCUGAAGAAGAGGAGCUCUGAGGUGGAGCAGCUCUCACGGUCUGAAGACCACCUCCACCUCAUCCAGAGCUUUCCAUCAGUUAACACUGCUGCCACUGCACCCACCAAGGACUGGGCUGAGGUCACUAUCACUCCUCCUUCGUAUGAGGGGACAGUGGUGAGAGCUGUCAAUCAGCUGAAAGAGACCCUGAGUGAACAGAUGAGGCUGCUCUAUGAGGUUGAGCUGAAGAGGGUCCGGCGACACGCAGUCCCUGUGACUCUAGAUCCUGAUACAGCACAUCCUAGGCUGAUCCUGUCUGAUGAUGGAAAACAAGUCGCAUAUGGUGACAUAACCAAAGAUCUCCCCCCCACUCCGAAGAAAUUUUCAUAUUGUGCUUGUGUUUUGGGAAAACAAAGCAUCUCUGCAGGCCAAGUUUACUACGAGGUUCUGAUUAAAGGGAAAACUGCCUGGGAUCUAGGAGUGGCUGAAGAGUCGGUCAACAGGAAGGGACAGAUCAAAGCGAACCCCCAGAACGGUCUUUGGACGAUAAGUUUGAGGGAUGGCAGAAGAUACUAUGCUCCGGCUGGACCAACAGUGCAUCUGUGUUUGACGUCUCAGCCCGAGAAGGUGGGGGUGUUUGUGAGCUAUGAGGAGGGGCUGGUCUCCUUUUAUGAUGCGGACACCGCAGCUCUGAUCUACAGCUUCACCGGCUGCUCCUUCACUGGGAAACUCUACCCGUUCUUUGGACCCAGUCCUAGCGAUGCUGGUGUAAACUCCGCUCCUCUGAUCAUCUGCUCUGUCAAUCAGGAAGAAGGGAUUCAGCAUCACUGAAUGGUGAAGUACUGUAUAGUAGCUCUAAACCCAAACCUGUUGUGCUGACACAUGGUCUUAGAGGGUUUCAGCUAAUUUCUAUAGAUUACCAUCAAUAUACAGUAGAUGCUGAUAUAUUCAUAUUUACAGUUCACAGUCGCAACACAAAUUACAUGUGUGGAUAGUUUGAUAAGAUCACAGUUACCAUAAGUUUAAAAAGUGCUAAUUUGUUGUAGGUGAAAACAGCAGUAACCAAUACUACAGACAACCUGCAGCAUGAACAUAGCGGACGUUAAUAAUAGUUGGUACCUGGCAUCGCUACUGAAGGAGCGUCCACGGUGUCCCCACUGAGCCUACAUGAACGUAACACCAGUCAAAGAGUGGAGGGAUGUGCGUCCUGGCUGUAAGAGACAGGUUGUGGCUUUUUCCUGAGGAAAAACGUGGGAUGAUAAAAGAACGGAACAAAAGUGACAUUAAAUGAUGACCGACUGAGUCAACGGAGCCUUUUUCCUUUUUGGAAAACCUUUAACUGCUGUGAUAAAAUAAACAAUUUACUGCUUUAAAUCAAAGCAAAGCAUUUUAUUAGACGCAAUAUUCAAUAUCAAAAUACAAAAGUCACAGAAUUCUGCUCUCCCCAGUACAUUGCAUGCAAAGGUAAGGUGUAAAUGAAUACAAACCUUGUAUUAUACCAUGAAUGACAGAUUAAACCUUAGAGUCUGCUCAUCACACAAAUCAUGUGAGUUUACAAUUGUUCUUUAGAAACAAUAACUA